CUUAUGUAAUGCGCUGCUGUGUGUGGCGCGUCCGUGUGAAUGUUACACAAGGAAGAGGCGCGUGAACGGAAAGCACCGGGCUCGACCAGCCCUAUCUGUUAAAACUGAUCCUGCGGUACUGGCAUCUUAUUCUUCCCUUGACUAUAACCAGAACCAUGUCUCAGAAGGCAAGGGCUCCAAAGAGAAAAAGUGAAGGGUCUGGAAAUGAGAAGUCUGACACGAGCCAGAAAGAUGACUCCAAGACAAAAUCAAUAACUGCCACCAAAAGCCAAGGAAAAAGAAAUCCCCAAGAACAUAAGAACAAGUCUAAAGUAAUAUCUGAUGCAAGUAGCAGUGAGACCUCAGAAGUUGAUGUAAAGAAGAAGAAGCUGCAAGAGAAAAAAGUUGAUGUGGAUGGAGGUCUCUUAGAGGCAGUGAAGAAGUCUCGUCUAAGUGUUGCCACCUCUGUGUCUGACUUUAAAUUUAGCAAGAAGAGGGUACGGUUAGUGUCUGCAGAGGAGAACCUGAAAGAUGAUGCCUUGGGAAUAGUAUACUGGAUGUCGAGAGAUCAGAGAGUUGAAGAUAACUGGGCCUUUUUGUAUGCUCAGCGCCUGGCCCUGAAGCAAAAGCUACCAUUACAUGUUGUCUUCUGUUUAGUCCCGAAGUUUUUAGAUGCCACCAUUCGACACUAUGGCUUUAUGUUAAAGGGCUUGCAAGAAGUUGCUGAGGAUUGUAAAGGCCUCAACAUUCCUUUCCAUUUACUUAUUGGAUAUGCCAAGGAUGUUCUCCCAGACUUUGUGAAAGAGCAUGGCAUUGGUGGGGUGGUGACUGACUUUUCUCCUCUGCGUGUACCCUUGCAGUGGGUGUCGGAUAUCUGUGAACGCUUACCUGAAGAUGUACCUCUUGUCCAGGUGGAUGCCCAUAACAUUGUUCCAUGCUGGGUGGCCUCCAAUAAGCAGGAGUAUGGAGCUCGUACCAUUCGGCGGAAAAUUCAUGACCAGCUUUCUCAGUUCCUUACUGAUUUUCCGCCUGUCAUUACACACCCAUACAAAUCCAACUUGAAGGCUGAGCCUGUAGACUGGGAUAAAUGCUACGCCAGCUUAGAAGUGGAUCGUACAGUCAAGGAAGUAGAAUGGGCAAAACCAGGUUCAAAGGCAGGAAUGAACACGCUCCACUCAUUUAUAUCCGAACGACUCAAGUUCUUUAACUCUGACCGAAACAAUCCAAACCGGCGAGCGCUGAGCAGCCUGUCUCCAUGGUUUCAUUUUGGUCAGCUGUCUGUGCAGCGAGCAAUCCUGGAGGUGCAGAAGUAUCGGAGCAAGUACAAGGAGUCGGUGGACAGCUUUGUGGAGGAGGCUGUAGUGAGGAGAGAGCUGGCCGACAACUAUUGUUACUACAACAAGAACUAUGACAAAGUGGAAGGUGCAUAUGACUGGGCCAAGAAUACACUGAAGGAUCAUGCAAAGGACAAGCGGACUCACCUGUACACUCUGGAGCAGCUGGAGAGUGGAAAGACGCACGACCCUCUGUGGAACGCGGCCCAGUUACAGAUGGUGCAUGAGGGCAAGAUGCACGGCUUCUUGCGGAUGUACUGGGCUAAGAAAAUCCUUGAGUGGACCAGUUCCCCAGAAGAAGGAUUACGCUUUGCCAUUUAUCUUAAUGACCGUUUUCAGUUGGAUGGGCGUGAUCCAAACGGCUAUGUAGGUUGUAUGUGGUCUAUUUGUGGAAUCCAUGACCAGGGAUGGGCUGAAAGAGCUGUUUUUGGGAAAAUCCGCUACAUGAAUUACCAGGGAUGCAAAAGGAAAUUUGAUGUGGCUGAGUUUGAACGGCGCUACCAUCCCAAGAAAUUUACUGCCUAGUAACCUUAUAAAGAUGGUGAUGCAUGUGUGUUGUACUCUUACUCAGGAUUGUGGGGCUGCACUUAUAGCUUUGUCUACUAGUAGGCACCGGACAUUUUAGAAGUGUUUCUAUGGACCUUUUUUCAUUACAUAUUUGUAUGUUGCUAUAAAAUAACCAGUUUGUACACAGUGGUAAAACGAAGGCUUGUAUACAAAAGCGCUAUACUACUAUAUACUCAGAAUUGUGCAUCCAUUUCAGUAAAAAAAAAAAAAGAUGAUCCAAAGCUCUGCACCAUCUACCUUACAAAAAAACACUAGAAUAGGUUCCGACUUCCCGCACAGCUGCUGUGAGGAGGAGUUUGAAUACGGCAAUGGUAUGCACAGGCAUGCAUGCACACUGUUCUAUUCAAUGUCUAUAGGACUCAGACACAGCCUAGUAGAGCUCCACAGUGAGGAGAAACAGAAGGGUGAGGCUUGGGACCAGUGGUAGGCCCCUACCGUUCAUACACCUAUCAGCUAUCCUGUAGCUGCCUGCAACUACUGCAAGGGUUUCCUGUAUACGUUUAUAACAAAAUUAUAUGCAGUUAGCUCCCCCUAGUGGUUGCUGGACUCCUUAGGAAAUGUAUCUGCACCGAACGUUGGCUGUAAAAAUGCUUGAGGUAUUAAAAGGUGGAUGUUACCUUCAGUGGGGACUGAUGGUUGCUGUAGCUUUAGAUUUUACUGUUGACAAUCUGCCUGCUACCUUGUAUAUUCCAGAGCUAUUUACCAGUAGUAGCGCUGACAGUAGUUGUUUUUGUACAAUUUUUUUGAUAAAGAAAAAGCAACACAAACUUUGGUUUCCGAGUUCUUGUUUUCAUCACGUAGUGAAUACAAAAUGUGAUCAGCGGAGUACUGUUUCUCCUCAUAAGGCCUACGUGGCUGGACCUGUAAAAGGAAGAUUACUUACCUGCUUCCUGGCACCUGUGAUGCUCAGCUGGGCUCCCUUGCUGUGAACGUCUGGUUUGACAUUGCUGCAGCCAAUCACUGGCCUCCGGAGACUGGAUCUCUUUGUCAUGUGACCAUUUACCAUGAUGUAAGGAGAUCCAGUCACCACCAAACUGGAGGAAAUUACAAUAUUGUGAAAAAACUUGAGUAUUAUAGACUCGUGGGGGAAGAUUUAUCAA